CACCAAGGAGAGCUUCCCAAACAGCCGCUAUCGCCUUCCAUCCUCCCCCAAUCCUCCGCUGCUCGACAUGUCUCUCACAUAUGGCUUAGGCGGUGGCUCAGUGGCAUUAGGUGUCGUUGGCCUGUAUAUGCUUUUUAAUGGGGAGGGCGAAGCUUUCAAUGUCGGACAAUUCCUCGAAAGCGUAUCACCUUACACAUGGGCGAGCAUGGGAAUAGGGCUCUGCAUCGGCCUAUCAGUAGUUGGAUCGGCAUGGGGAAUCUUUACCACCGGAGUAUCCAUCGUCGGAGGAGGUGUCAAGGCCCCAAGGAUACGGACGAAGAACCUCAUCUCUAUCAUCUUCUGCGAAGUCGUGGCCAUUUACGGCGUCAUCAUGGCCAUCAUCUUCUCCUCCAAACUGAACUACGUCUCCGACUCAGAGAAGCUUUACUCAGCCCGCAACUUCUACACCGGGUAUGCCCUGUUCUGGGCUGGCAUCACAGUGGGCAUGUGCAACCUGGUUUGCGGCGUUUCCGUCGGAAUCAAUGGAAGCAGUGCUGCAUUAGCAGAUGCUGCAGACCCCAACUUGUUCGUCAAGAUCCUCGUCAUUGAGAUCUUCAGCUCCAUCCUAGGACUUUUUGGCCUAAUCAUAGGCCUGCUCGUUCAAAGCAAUGCUCCAGACUUCGAGGUGUGGCCCGAGCUCACCUGUUCGAAUAAAGCAUCAGCGAGGUCGACCAUCUCCAUGCUCCACAUCCUCUUUCCUCACAUUUCAACCAUGACCAACACAAAGCUUCAAGUAGCAAUACUCAUCGUCUCGGAAACAGCGGCCAAAGACCCGUCCACAGACAAGUGCUUCCCAGUUCUCAAAGAAGUCUUUAACAAUCUUAGCAAUGGCCAAUGGGAGAUCGUAGCAGCCGGCGUCGUGUCGGACGCCAUUCUCGACAUCCAGAAAUUCAUACGGAAGUGGAGCGACUGGGAGGAUGCAGUCAAUCUGAUUGUCACUAGUGGGGGCACUGGGUUUGCGGUCAAGGACGUUACUCCAGAGGCUGUAUCGCCUCUGCUGAAUAGACAAGCUCCUGGACUUGUCUAUGGCAUGCUAGCUUCAUCAUACGCGGUCACUCCAUUCGCACUGAUGUCAAGACCUGUGGCUGGUGUCCGCAAGAAGAGUCUCAUUAUAACGUUGCCUGGAUCACCGAAGGGUGCCAAAGAAAAUCUCGAAGCCGUGAUCAAACUGCUUCCUCACGCAUGCAUACAAGCAGCAGGAGCAGACUCGCGGCUUCUCCAUGCUGAAGGAUUGAAAAAGCUUGAGGAGGAAGCUGGUGUCUUGUCUCCUUCUAACCAAGGUGGACCGGCAGGUGGAUAUCCCCAUCACCAUUACAGUCAUGGACAUGGGCAUGAACAUGAUCAUUCACAUAGCCAUGGAGGCCAUGCUAUUCCAAGAGCUCAUACCAGAUCAGAGGGUCGACCGCAGUCGAACGAUCCUAAUGCAGGGCCAACACGCAGGUAUAGAUCAUCGCCCUAUCCGAUGCUUGCCGUAGAUGAGGCUUUGAAGCUCAUAUCACAACAUACGCCAGCACCGAUAGUACAGAAAGUUCCAGUUGACAUGUCCCUUGGGGGUGCGGUACUAGCAGAAGAUGUGAAGGCUAGAGAAUCUGUUCCAGCCUUCCGGGCAAGCAUCGUCGAUGGUUAUGCUGUUCGGAUUCCAAAGUCUGCGAAAUUUGCCAAAGGGGCUUAUCCCGUUGCCCUUGUAUCACAUGCUCAGGCAGGUGAUGUUAAGGAGUUGAGAGAAGGCGAGAUUGCAAGAAUCACGACUGGCGCCCCGCUUCCUCCAGGCGCAGACGCUGUGGUCAUGGUGGAGGAUACCGCCCUAAAAUCGCAGACUGAUGACGGAAAGGAAGAGAAAGAGGUGGAAAUUUUGACCGAUGACAUAAAAACAGGCGAGAACGUCCGAGAAGUGGGGAGCGAUGUCAAAGAGGGAGACAUCAUCAUGAAGAAGGGAGAAGGCGUCACAGUAGUCGGCGGCGAAUUCGGCUUGCUAGCAUCCGUUGGCACGACUGAGGUUUCUGUGUACAAGAGGCCGAUAGUCGGCGUCCUAAGCACAGGAGACGAAAUCAUUCCGUAUGACAGACCUGGCCCCCUAAGGCUAGGGGAGGUUCGAGAUACGAACCGACCAACGCUCAUCACUGCGACCCGAAGUCAUAGAUUCCAAGCCGUAGAUCUAGGCAUAGUAUCAGACAAACCUGGUGCCCUCGAGCAAACCCUUCGUGAUGCCUUCCGCAAAGUCGACGUCAUCAUCACCAGCGGCGGCGUCUCUAUGGGCGAACUCGACCUCCUCAAACCAACCAUCGAGCGCUCCCUCGGUGGCACAAUCCACUUCGGCCGCGUCAAUAUGAAGCCCGGAAAGCCUACUACCUUCGCCACUAUCCCCGUCAAAAACGACGCUGGAGAACACGCUACCAAAGCAAUUUUCUCAUUGCCCGGAAACCCCGCUUCCGCGAUCGUCACUUUCCACCUUUUUGUGCUGCCGUCAUUGCAUCAGGCGAGUGGGAUUAAGCCGUUGGGAUUACCGAAGGUGAAGGUCACGCUCGAGGAAGAUAUUAGGAUGGAUCGGCAAAGACCCGAGUAUCAUCGUGCUUUAAUAGUCACCAAGGAGGAUGGUUUGCUGUAUGCGAGUAGUACUGGGGGUCAGCGUAGUUCGAGGAUCGGAAGUUUCAAGGGGGCGAAUGCGUUACUGUGUAUGCCAGCAGGCCAGGGGGCGAUGAAGAGGGGAGGGUGCGUGGAUGCGUUGUUAAUGGGGAAGUUGGGGGAGUUUGAAGACUGAGGUGUGGGAUAUUAGGAGCAGACUAGGAUUGAUGUACGUG